AUGCCUAGAUCAAAAGAGCUAAAAUCAGAAGAGAUCAAUCAUUAUCUCAAGCCAUUAGUCGAUGAAAUGAUACAGCUCUAUCUUGGAAUACAGAUACCCACCUACCAGCAAACAGACGGUGCAGCAGUUCGUGCAGCCUUAUUGAUGGUUGCAUGCGAUAUACCUACUGCCAGAAAGACUAGUGGGUUCACCGCACACAACAGCAUAUGCGCCUGUUACAAAUGCACUUCUUCUGUUGAUUUCCAUGCAUUUGAUUGUGACCAGUGGCGCCAUCGAAGUGAUAGAGCAAACCGUGUGCAUGCUGAGAAGUGGAAUAGUGUGAGUAUACCCUCAGAAAGGCAGCAGCUAAAGAUCGAAUAUGGUGUUCAAUGGUCACAGUUGUAUCACCUUAGAUACUUUGAUCUAGUACAUGGAACAAUCAUUGAUCCCAUGCAUAAUCUUUUUCUGGGAACACCAAAGAGAAUGAUUGAAACAUGGACAAAAAUCAAGAAAAUGAAAAACAAUAAUCUGCUUGCAAUGCAGACAGUUGCAGCAAUGAUGAUAUUGCCCAGCAACUAUACCAAGCUGAAAACAAAGAUAGGAAAGGGCUUUUCGCACAUGAAAGCAGAAGAGUGGAAGUCUUGGGUAUUAGUGUACUCUUCCGUGCUUCUAAAACCAGUUCUUCCAUCCAAUAUGUUCAAUGGCUGGAUGCACUAUGUAAAAGCAUGCUGUAUACUUGUAAAGCCGUCAAUCAGUUUCAUCAAAAUAGACCAAGCACACAGAUAUCUACAAGAAUUCUGUCAAUCUUGUGAAGAUACAUAUGAACCAAAAGUCCUCACCUGCAACAUGUACCUGCACCUCCAUCUUCAUGACACAAUUCAUGAUUUUGGACCCGUGUAUGGCUAUUGGCUUUUUGGUUUUGAGAGAUACAAUGGUUUGUUAAAGAAUAACAAGACAAACAGAAAAGAUGGGUUUGAAACAACCUAUAUGACAAAAUUCACUGCAGACGCAUACAAAGCUGAUUACUCCUUAAAAGAAUCAACAAUGAGUGAUAUUGAUUAUCCUCAAUUGUUAGAUUAUUAUAAAAUCGCCUAUGCCAUGCCCAAUCUCAUUUCUUACCACGAUGCCAGAUUGUCACAAUAUUUUGUAAAUAACCAAAUCACUCAAUUGAAAUCAAUUGAUCUCCUUGGCCAAACAUAUAUUGGGAACAACAGUUCUGAUGAAGGUAUUGCAAUCUGCUUGCCAGAAUUCUACGCUGAUAAUUAUCACAGCAUCUUGCCUGUACAUUACAUACACUUAGAGGUCGCAACUGCUGUAGAUGUAACUGAUAUGAACAAAGAAAGAAUGCUGGUCAUUCCUAUGCCAAAAAAAUACUAUAUCUGA